CUCUGCGGAUGUUUGUAUUUUUCACAGGAAAUCUUGCGCUUUUUUAUUAAAAUUUUCAAACAAUUCUGCGCCAACUGCGGAAAACAACGAAAGAUCCACUUUAUAUUCUUGAGAUAGGUACUGAUGUUACAACGGAUAGAAGAUGAAAUUAUAGUAGAUUUUACCCAGCCCCCUUUGUACGGAUUUGUAGCAAACUGCAUGUAAAUAGAAAUAUUCGUAAAACGUUGCAAUUUCUCGGUUCCGUUUGUUGGAAUAUCCAUGGAAAAUCUGCAAUAAUGUUAUAUUUAUUUCGAGCACCUUGUUUUCGUGCAUCACGAAUAACCAUUGCUCGUGUUGUCAAUUUGUAAAAUCAUAUUGUUAAUCCCACGUUGUACACGUUUAUAUUUCAUUUUAUAACGCGCAAUUUCACGUGCACGAGCUUAACAAUACAUUUCAUAUAAUUCAUAAAUCAUUAACGAGAAAUUUCAACGAGAUAGAGAUUAUACGUUGAAAUGGACAAAAUUAUUGCCACUUGGAUAGUUGGAGCAUUUGCCGGGAGGUGGCAGCACCACCUUAGCCAAGAUCGCAACAUAGAUGGUGGGAGAAGCAGUAUGGCGCAGAAGCGUGGCCGCAGUCGAUUGUGCGACGUUGAGUUGGUUAGUGCCGCCUGUAACUUCGUGUUAGAAAGGCGAGUAUUCAACGAUUUUCUUCGACCAAUUGACACAUCGAAUUAUCUUGUGUGAAAUGAGAUUACCUAUCCAUAGGCAGAAAAUGAAAACAUAAAUAAAACGUUGCGCGUAACUUCGUUUCGGAUCGAAAUAAUUGAAAAUGCCGUUCACAGCGGAUGCUGCGGCCAGCCAGAUACAGGAACGAUUGAAGAACUUAUACCACCUGGUACACGAAAUCGAAACGCAACGGGUACGUUCGGAGCACAAUCUGAACAACAUUAUAAAGACUUACGAGAAGGUGACCCCGGAAGACAAAGUGUCCCCCUAUUACCAGCAGAAAUUGAAGAAUCUCUACAACGCGGCAAUAGGCGAUUCCCAACAGGAGGAGGAGAUAUUGCGUAAAGCUUUGGGGAAAAUCAACGAGAUUCGAGCAAUUAGGAACGAGCGGCGGAUACAGGCGCGGAAUGCGGGGAACAAAGAAACCAUUCGCCGAGGUGCGCUAAUGAAGAUGCUGCUGAGCACCGCACAGACGCUCCCUCUGUACGUGGGCAAAACACCGGGGGCGAAACCACCCCCCCUUUGCGGAGCGAUCCCAGCGGAGCCUACGUAUAUCGCGAAAAUGGGAGACAUGGUCGCAGCCCUGGUUAAAGGUUCGGAGGAAGAGGAAAACUGGAUCUUGGCCGAAGUGGUGCAGUUCAAUCCGACGACGAACAAAUACGAAGUGGACGACAUCGACGAGGAACAAAAGGACAGGCACACGUUGUCGAGACGAAGAGUGGUGCCUCUUCCAUUGAUGAGGGCUAAUCCAGAAACGGAUCCCCACGCUCUCUUCCCCAAAGGGUCUAUCGUGAUGGCGUUGUAUCCUCAAACGACCUGCUUCUACAAAGCAGUGGUGAAUCAAUUGCCUACCACAGCCACCGAGGAAUACGAAGUCUUGUUCGAGGACGCGACAUACGCGGACGGAUACUCGCCACCUUUGAAUGUCGCGCAACGUUACGUAAUUUCUAUCAAGGAGAGCAAGAAGAACAAAAGCCAAUGUUAACGGACAAUCUAUUUCUCGCGUCAGUAUUAUAUACCCGACGAUUGUUUGUACUCGCUUACCGAUCAGUACAAACGUUCGUUUUUGUACAAGAGACUGCACUGAUUACUUAUAUAAUAAAGUUAACGAUUUUCGAUAAUAA